AUGUCGAAAAUCGAUGAGAAACGAGUCGUCGAUGAGGAUGGAGAAGUGAAAUCGGACGGUGCGACGUCGUCGGAUGAGAAGGCGUCAGAUUCCGAUGAUCAGAAGAGAGUCAGAACGGAUUCAGAGCGCUCGGGAAGAGACAAGAAAAAGAAGCAUAAGAAGGAGAAAAAGCACAAAAAGGACAAAAAACACAAGAAAGAGAAGAAACAUAAGAGAGAAAAAGAGCGUGAAGAGGAGGAGCCGCCCGUGAAAAGACGAGUCACUGAAGACGAUCGAAGAGAUUCGGAUAGGAGACAACGCAGUCCGUUCGACGAUCGAAGUGGGCGUGACUCUGAAAGAAGGCGGAGCCCUGUGAGACGAGCUCGAUCGGAGAGUGCAGAGAGGCGAGAUCGAGAGUUGAGAGAGCGUAGAGAAGCAGAGAGACGAGAGAGAUCACAGGAGAGACGAGAGACGCAGAGAAGAAGAGGAGAUGAUACGAGGAGAUACGAUGGAGGCUCCAGAAGACGUCCGACGUCUCCGGAUAUGAGAGAUGCACGGAAUGUGAGAGAUGAUAGAAGACGUCGACGUGGGGAUUCUGAAGAAUUCAGUAGAAGACGUGACGAUAGAAGACGUGGAGAAGAUGACGUGGAGGAGAAGAAGAUCGUUGAGUGGACGAUGGAUUCGGAUUCAGAUGACGAGCAGAAGAAGAUUGAGGAGGCUAGGAAGCGACGGAUGCAGAUAUUGAAGAAGAUUGAGGGAGUGGAGAAUAAUGGGGAGAAUACUCCACGCGAGGAUAACAGCAGUACACCGAGAAGUGAGGCGGUCGGAAGUAAGAAAACCGACGAAUCCGAGGAUAGUAGCUCUGAUUCAGAUGACGAUGACGAUGAUGAUGAGGAUAAACAGUUGGCCGAAGCGAGACAACUCAUCAAAUCGACGCGAUUCGGAAGCGAAGCCCCCAGCGGAACAUCGACACCAGCAAGUUUCCAAAGUGACGCCGACACUCCGACUGACUUUUUUUCGGGUCUCCGUGAUAAAAUGGUCCAUAUGGACGGUGCGAAUGAGGAUACUGUAGAUGAAGAAAUCGAAGAGGAAAAGAAGAAGAAGGAGGAGGCAGAGCAGGAGGCGGAGCUUAAGGUUUGUCUGAAAUCAAAUUUAAACGAGAAAAACGAAAAAAGAGGCGGAGCUAGCAGCAAAAAGCUGAAAAAAGAAGAUGACGACGGUUUCGAUAUGUUCGCCGACAACGAGGAGCUUCCCCAGGAUAUCACAACGAUCGACGGUCAUUCUGGAGCAGUUCACGAGACGUUGAAAGAUAAUUGGGAUGACGUCGAAGGGUAUUAUCGUGUCAGAAUUGGGGAACUUUUGGAUACCCGUUAUCGAGUCGUCGGGUUCACAGGAGCCGGUGUGUUCGGAAACGUUUGUCGAUGUAAUGAUCAAACGAAGGGGAAUACGGUAGCUGUGAAGAUUAUCAGGAAUAACGAAGUGAUGUAUAAGACGGGAUUGAGGGAAUUGGAAGUGCUCCGGAAGUUGAAUGAAGCGGAUAAAGAGGAUAAAUAUCACUGUUUGCGACUGUUCCGAACGUUUAAACAUCAUAAUCAUCUCUGUUUGGUAUUCGAGAAUCUUAGUAUGAACUUGAGAGAACUCUUGAAAAAAUACGGACAGAAAGAUGGUCUCCAUCUCAAAGCCGUUCGUUCUUAUGCUCAACAACUCCUCCUGGCUCUACGGCUCCUUAAAAAACUGGAAUUCGUGCAUGCUGACAUCAAACCGGAUAAUAUUUUGGUGAACGAGUCGAAGUUGACACUCAAAUUGUGUGAUUUCGGAUCGGCUGGACGGGUUAAUGAGCAGGAAUUGGCGCCCUACUUGGUGUCGAGAUUCUAUAGAGCACCGGAGAUUAUGCUGGGCGUUCGUCACGACUACGCAAUCGAUCUGUGGUCAGUGGCAGUGACUCUGUAUGAAGUUUACACAGGAAAGAUCAUGUUCCCAGGAAGAUCGAAUAAUCACAUGCUGAAAUUAUUCACAGAUGUGAAGGGAAAGUAUCCGAAUAAAUUGGUCAGAAAAUCGCAAUUCAAGGACACUCAUUUCGAUGUGAACUGUAAUUUGUUGUAUCACGAAGUGGACAAAGUGACGGAGAGAAAUAAGAUUACGGUAUUGGCGAAUUUGAAACCGACGAGAGAUUUGGAGACUGAGUUGAUUGCUGGACAACGAUUGGGAAGGGAGCAAAUGGAACAGGUACAAGCGUUCCGAAGUCUUCUCGACGGUAUGCUCGUAUUGGAUGCGAGCAAACGAAUCACGUGCAACGAGGCGCUCAAACACCCGUUCUUCACGAUGCCUAUCAAAUAA